AUGUUAAUCCACUAUAGCAUUACAAUUGUUUUAGUUGUGUCGCUCAUUGAGCGCAUAGAAAGUAAUAGGAGAUCAGUCAGUUGGCGAGCACCGGGAGGUUUUGGUAGACGACUUAGUAAUAAUAAUAAUGACAGUUCAAUAGAAGCUGUUGUUAUUGGCAAUGGUAUUGUACCCGAUGUUGUCGACUCAGUGCCCAAUCAGUUAAUUAAGAUCAGUUAUCCCAGCGGUGUUGGCGUCGAUUUAGGCAAUGAGUUGACACCAUUUUCUGUGAGAAACCAGCCAUCUAUUGAAUGGUCAAUAGAGCCGGAAGCUUACUAUACGCUUGUUAUGACCGAUCCGGAUGUGCCGUCAAGAAAAGACCCGACCAAUGCUGAAGUCAAACACUGGUUGGUUAUUAAUAUACCAGGAAAUCAGGUAUCAAAAGGUGAAUCACUGGCCGCUUAUAGAGGAUCUGGACCACCGUUGGGCAGUGGACUACAUAGAUAUGUAUUUUUAGUCUACAAACAGCCCACACUUAUUAUCAAUCACUCGGAACCGGUAAUACCAACUCCGGCACGUGAAGGCAGACUAGGCUUCAAAGUCAGAGAGUUUGCCCGCAAAUAUCAUUUGGGCGAACCCGUGGCCAUUAACUUCUAUUUGGCUCAAUAUGACGAUUAUGUCGGUUGGAUGAGAGCACAGUCAGCGCUGACACAAAAACCCAGUGAUAUUGAGACAACAAUUGUGACAACAACUGUGCCGACAACCACACCAUUACCACCUGUUAAGUCACAGAGAAGCGGAGGAAUCAGAUUUGGAACAAAACGCCGAAACGCGGCAUUGAAAACAUGGACACCAAAAAUGCCGGACAAACCAAAGUUUCCGCAAAUGGUUUGCAUUAAUUAUGACAGAUAUCUUGAAAUACAAAACGAAUUAAAUAACUGA